AUGGGGGAGAUGAGGUGUCAAGGCCAGAAGCACUCGUUUUUGUCUCAAGUUAAUCAUAAGGAUGAGUCAGAGGUUGUUGUGGGAUCAGUUGCUGCGAAUGUUUCUGUUUAUAAAUCCAUUCCUAGGGCUCCACUGGUGGAUAAAGGAAAAAGGAAAUGUAAUCGUAAGAAGGUUGGUCCCCCUCCGAAGGAAGAUUGGAUGAUCAAGGAAGCAGGUUCUGAUUUGAAGAGGAAAAGGGAGGAAAAUGAGCUUCUGGUUUUCUUUGAUCAUUGUCCAAAGAAAAAGGUAUCUCAUGAAUUCUUUGACUCUCACUCUGUUCUACAAUCGGUGGAGACUGUUAAUCAGUCCCAUCGGGAGUCAUGGUAGGUGUGUUGUGGAACUGCCGAGGGCUUG